AUGGGUGGUGUUCCAGAAUUGAAGGCCAUUUCAGGGCCGACCUACCUCACUGCUCAGGAUCUCAUCCAGCAGGUUGCAUACUCUCUCUCAGAUAAGAUCUUCUCAUAUUCCCCAGAAUCAUUCGACCUCGAUUCUGCUGUGAAACAAUGGGUAUCUCAGAAUGAAAAAAAUGUGAACGGAGAAGUCACUGCCGUUCAGUCUCUACAGACUCGUCAAGGUGCCGGUUCCAUUGCGCUUGGUUACCUAUUCUCCCAGGAUUUCGACCUCAAGAAACGCCAUGUUCCUCAAGGUAUUCUCGCCUCUUCUGCAACUUUGACCUACCUUCGGGCAUCAUUGGAGCAACUCUCUUUGCUCUAUGCGGUCGCCAAUCCGGUCGUUGCCCAUGUCGCCGCUGUCGACUAUGCCGGCGAGCGUCUCGUUUCAGACUAUGUGACGGCGCUGAACUUGGCCGAGGACUUGGGACUCGGUCUGAUUUCCAGCUCAUCCGCUCAUGAGUCACAGCACAUGGCUCUGUUGUCGACAUUGGUGGCUAGUUUUUUGCCUACUAUCCACCUUUACGACGGAGUUCGUGUAGGUCGUGACAACACCCGAGUUAUUGAUAUCAUGGACCAGGCCGGCCUACAACGCAUUUACCAGGCCGUCCAGCAACAGACCGUGGAAGAUACCAAGGCAAAGCAUUUGGAUGAUCAGGGCAAGGUGCUGAAUGUGUUGCAAUCCCUUAACGGCGAACUGGGCACUGACUAUGGAUUGUUCGAAUACCACGGUCAUAGCGAGCCGACCUCCGUCUUGGUUGUUUUCGGUACUGUGGAGGCCUCUUUGACCUCACAGAUUGCCAAGUCUUUGAGUAAGCGUGACUCGCGCGUCGGUGUUGUCAAUGUGCGCGUCUACAGACCCUUCGUUGAAGAAGAAUUCCUUCGCGUUCUGCCCAAGUCUGUCAAGACCGUGGGUGUCCUCGGCCAGGUCCGUGACCAACAGGCCGUUCAGGAUGAAGGAGUUCACUCGGCUUUGUACGAUGACGUCCUCACAGCUUUGACCUUUGCAGUCGACCGCACUGAAAAGCCUGUCUGUGUCGAUAUUAAAUAUGAUGUUACCCAUCAAUGGACCAUCGUCAAUGCGGCUGCCGCAUUCCAGAGUGUGUCUAACAAGCCUAUUCUUCAAACCACAAACCAAGCAAGCCCGCUUCAGCUUUUCGAGCAAGCUGGCACCCAAGAGUUCACUCUUUGGGAUUUGGACGACGGCCAAUCCCUCGAUGCCGCUGCCUCCUUGACACAGGUACUUGCCAAGGAUCCCGCCGUCAACGUCACCACCAGCACCAUUUUCGAUAAUCUGGUGCAAGGCGGUGUUGUUCGUACUGAUAUCCGCAGAAGCACAAAGAUUGUUGAUGCGCCAUACCCAGUUAUCACUGCGGAUGUCGCUUAUGUUGGCGAUAUCAAGGUUCUCAAUGAUGUUGAUGUUCUUGCGUCAGUCAAGGACAACGGCCAAGUGCUCCUCAAGGCACCAGGCCUCACCAAUGAAGAUCUCGAGAAGAAGUUGUCCGUUGCCUUCCAGCAGCAAAUCGCCAAACGUGGCAUCGUUCUCUCGCUCUUGGACGCCUCCGAGUCCCCAGCUGUCCAAGCUGCCAUCCUGCGUGUUGCUCAGGGCGCUUUUGAUGGUCUGAAGAUCCAAGUUCCGGAACAUCUUGCCGAAACAGAGAAAGACCUUGAGACUACUCUCCGCAACUUUGCGGUCCCUGAAUCAUGGGGCACCACGGAAGUCCCCUCUGAUGCACAGGAGUUGCCCAAGGAUAUCGCUUCAACCAGCUUUGUUCCUUUCAAUAAGACUGAAGUCGAACCCGCUUCCCUCCUCAAGGACUGGAAGACUGCUGCUCAGGGUCUUGCAUUCAAGGAGGCCUUUGGUACAAAUAACUCAUUGCGUCCGGACGUCAACACAAAGACUUUCACUGUCCACGUCAAGGAAAACCGUCGUUUGACCCCCGUCACGUACGACCGAAACAUUUUCCACAUUGAAUUCGACCUCGGAGACUCUGGUCUCAAGUACGAUAUUGGUGAGGCUCUCGGUGUGCACGCCGAAAAUGAUCCCGAAGACGUCAUGCAGUUCAUCAAAUUCUACGGUUUGAACCCAGAUGAGGUUGUCGAAGUUCCCAAUAGGGAAGACCAGAACAUCCUGGAGAACCGCACUGUUUACCAAGUCUUGAUGCAAAACAUUGAUUUGUUCGGUCGUCCCCCCAAACGAUUCUACGAGGCUCUUGCGGAAUUCGCCACAGAAGAGAAAGAAAAGAAGGAGCUUCUCGCACUCGGUGGACCCGACGGCGCCGUUGAAUUCAAGAGACGUGCUGAGGUUGACACCAUCACCUAUGCUGAUAUCUUGCUUGAGUUCCGCUCCGCCCACCCCAGCUUCCAUGACAUUGUGCGUAUCGUAAGCCCCAUGAAACGCCGUGAGUACUCCAUCGCAUCUUGCCAAAAGGUCACACCCACAUCCGUGGCGUUGAUGAUCGUCGUCGUCAACUGGGUUGAUCCUCGCGGACGUACCCGUUUCGGACAAGCCACUCGUUACCUCAGUGGCCUCCAACCCGGUGCUCCUGUUACCGUGAGCGUCAAGCCUAGUGUCAUGAAGUUGCCUCCUCGCUCCACACAGCCCAUCAUCAUGGCUGGUCUGGGUACAGGUCUCGCACCAUUCCGUGCGUUCGUGCAACACCGCGCAUUGGAAAAGGCUCAGGGCAAGGAAAUUGGUUCCGUCCUUCUCUACAUGGGAUCUCGUCACCAGCGCGAAGAAUACUGUUACGGCGAGGAGUGGGAGGCUUACCAGGCUGCUGGCGUUAUCACGCUUUUGGGACGCGCAUUCUCUCGUGACCAGCCUGAGAAGAUCUACAUUCAGGAUCGCAUGCGUCAAACUCUUCCCGAAAUUGUGCAAGCCUACAUCCGCGAAGAAGGUGCUUUCUACCUUUGCGGUCCUACGUGGCCCGUUCCUGAUGUCACUGAGGUCUUGGAGGAGGCUAUUGCCAUCGAAGCCGGUGAAUCGGGCAAGAAGGUGGAGACACGCAAGGAGAUUGAAAAACUGAAGGAUGAGGAACGAUAUGUUUUGGAGGUUUAUUAA